CCUCGCGUGGUCCAAGAGCCAAACACACACCCGAUGGGCCGAUGGCGUGCCGAUGGGCCCGGGCGACCUCCGUGGCGACCUCGAGCGAGCCAAGCGCUUGUUGCACCGGCUCGGGCUGCGGCGUCCGAAGCUGCUGCUGUGGCGUGUGGAGGAACACUGGGACGGGCAAGGCUUGUCUGACCGACGGGCAUGUUUGGCCAUUAUUUUGGCCGAAGCUUUUCUACUGAACCGCAUCGCAGUCCUUCCUCGCUUCACUCUAUCCGCACAACACAAUGGUGGGCGUCAGCUGCUAUCGAACCUUCUGGAGUACGUCUCCUUAGAACACUUUCCCAUGCAGUUCUUGGAGGAGUACAAGUGGGGUCAGGACACUGUGCUUCUCGACCAUGAGGACUUCCUCGAAGUUGGGGGAAUCCUCGACCCCGACGGAUGGCGCCGGUGUUCAGCACCGGUCUUGCUACGCACCGCUGCCAGGCAGGGCUUCUGGAAGUCCCCAGUGCACCCCUCUGUGUGGCGCCUUGCCGCCGAGCUCCACGGCACUGGCAUGGCGCCGACCCGCGGCCUCUUUGCCCCGGCGCCGCGCGUAGCGCGCGCGGCGUCGGCGGCGCGAGCAGCCCUGCAGGGCGUGGGGUCAACAAAGGAGGGCUAUGUGGGUGUGCACUGUCGGCGUGGUGACAAGCUGAAGAUGAUGCCCGGCCUAGAAGACGUCACCUCUCCGGCGGGUCUCUUGAAGUUCCUGCAAGCGGUUGCUUCACACACGCGGCGUGUGUACCUUGCAACGGACGAGGUCCAUGUGAAGGACUACGCGGAGGUCCUAGCUGCUGGCGGCUUUGAGUGCUACACGCGUGACUUCUUGUAUGACUUCGCAUCUGAGAAGGAGUUGCAAGAUAACUACUUCCUCUUCGCCAUCGAAAUGAAAAUCAUUGAUGAUGCGACGAUCACGGUUCGGAGCUUCAAUGAUGCAACCCCUUUCUGGUUCAGCGCUGAUGCACGAAGCGCGAAGCCCUGCUACCAUCUUUUGGAUCGCAGCAUGCACGACUAUCUCCUGGGCUCCAGCGCGCUCGGCACCCACAUGACGCCCAGAUGCACUGCUCCCAUCGACCUCACCACCUCACCCGAGACGUUGUACCGUGUGCUCAUGUCUGGAGACGAUGUGCCCAGGAGCCCAACGACGGUCCCGAGGAGGCGGCGAAAAGAGGCGCCGCCGCCGACGGCCAUCGCCUUGGAAGGCCGCGGCGGUGUCAGGCGGCCCUGCUCCGUGUGGCCACUGGGCGCUGCGGAUUCGAACGACGCGCGGUACGAGGCGGAGGUGGAGAUCGUGGGACCUUGGGAUGACACCGAAGGCAUGUUGAUUUGGGGCAGUUACUUUGGCCCAUUAUUCUCCUGCUGUGAUGCUGUGGAUGGCUUGACACGUCGCUCCACACUCUUCGGCUUUGAGAACUUGUCCAUGGAGCAUUGCAAGCUCACUGAGUGCGAGAUCGCGCGAAAGACUGGUGCCGUCUUCAUCUAUGUGUCCUGUGGAGCGACGACACUCACUGACCAGUAUGGAGUGCUUGAGCUCCACGCCGGGCAAUAUGGGGUCACCAUGGCGCCAGUCCACCUUUGCUUGGCCAAGGGCACACGGCUGGUGGCGAUUCACUCGGAGCCCUUCACGGCCUUGCGCAGCUUCGGCGGCCCCGUGGAGCCACAGGGCCGGCUGCGCUACGUCGACGGGUGCUCGGUGCCUCACACCGGAGAGAGGCGGUCUCCGGGGCGAGCGGAUGGGAAGAAGUGUUCCGAGGCCCGAAGUGCAGAAGAAUGGGGAGAAGAUCCUCAGGGUAUGGGGGGAUGGGAGUACUUGAGGAUGCAUCUUGAGAGUGGGCCAUCAUUCGGAUUGAUGAUGGAAUGAUGCUGGUUGUUUAUCCCCCUGGCAGGCCCUGGUAGUUGGGAAUGGUCAUUCCAACGGUUUUGGGGCAAUUGAGCCAUGCAAUGUAGGACUUCCCAUACGACCCUUCAAUCCAUCAAGGUUUUCCAGUUUCCAGCACCUCAAUUGGUUUUGGAGAAAUGUUACCUCAUAGUAUUUUAUCCAUCCAAAGUUUGGGAAAGUCACACUGGUAAACAUGCAUGCUGAUUUGCCGGAACGGAUGGAGAUGCAGAUAUGCCGC